AUGACCUCUGGGGGCCUCUACAGUGGUUGGACCCUCCUUUUCUUGCUUCUGGCACCCCUUUCCUGCCAUCCGUGCCCGGUUCCUUGCGAAUGUUCUGAGCCAGCUCGUACGGUGAAGUGUGUCCAGAAGGAACUGACCUCCAUCCCCGCUGGUAUUCCUGGGUACACCCGCAACCUCUUUAUCACUGGCAACCAGAUUGCCUAUGUUGGCAGCCAGGAUCUCCAAGGACUCCGCAAUCUGGUCACGCUCUCCUUGGCUAAUAACAGGAUUAAUGCGGUGGAGUCCCACGCCUUCUCUAACCUCCAGAACCUGCGCUACUUAGACCUGAGUUAUAAUCACUUAGUCACCAUCCACCCUGAUGCUUUCAGUGCUAGGAACAAUUCAAUCCAGGAGCUGAAUCUCAGUCACUCCCUGUACAACUUCUCUGCCAUCCGCCCAGUGGCAACUGCCCUUGUCCAAGGGGGCUUCCAGAAUCUCUCCAAGCUUGAACUCACCAGCAACAAGAUCAUCUACUUGCCCCUUGGGAUGUUGUCCAGCCUCCCUAAACUUGAGUACUUAGACUUGAGGAACAAUUCCUUGAUAGAUAUCAAGAACUCUACCUUUUCUGGACUUCACCUUAAGUACCUUGAUUUGACCUCAAAUGCCUUCAAAACUUUGAGGGGUGAAGCUUUGUUUGCCCUGGGGAGACAGUCCCACCUUAGCCUCUUUCUGAAAGACAACCCUUUUGUAUGCAAUUGUGACAUUGAAGAACUGGUCAACUGGCUGAACCAAAGCCGACAAGUAGUAGAUGUAGAAAAACUAGCCUGCAUUUUCCCCCAGGCUCUGAAGAACACCUCCUUGGUGGAACUAGUGGGUGCAGAUCUGGAAUGCCACUACAGUCAACAUAGUGAAAAUGUUCUUCAGUCCUCAUACGCCGCAUUGGGUAUAGUUCUGGGGAUAAUUGGCAUCAUCUUCCUCUUUGUGCUUUACCUGAAUCGUGAGGGCAUCAAGACCUGGAUGAAUGGUCUACGGGAUGCUUGCCAGAACCUGAUGGAGGAGUACCGCUAUCGUUACGAAAUUGAUUCAGAUCGCCGCAUCACACAAAUCUCAGCAGUGGACAUAUGA